AUGCACCCGCUCAAUCCCUUGCAGUACUAUCAAUUCUUUAAAGACUUUACGCUGGUGGCAAAAGCGUUUCUAGAGACAGAUAUCCUUACCGGGGCAAUUGUUGAAAGCUAUAGUUACAGAUUGGUCAUGAUAUUGCAAGAGAUGGUGGAUGCUUCGUACCCAUACAUUGGUGACUUGAAUCAAUUACGGGAGUUACUUCCGAACAGCAGUAUAAUCAAAAAGAUCAUAUCCACUACAAGACAAUUACAGCGCAGUGCCACGAACUCUCUGCAUCCUAUGAAUCAACGGCCUGCCGUUCUUCCCGGCACUAUUGCACCCAGAAUCACUUAUGUGCCUAAGAAUUCGUCAAUAUUUGAGAAAUCAGGGAAUGAAAUACCCUGGAGAGGCGUUAACAUCAAAUAUACUCAGAACGAGAUCUUUGUCGAUGUCAUUGAAAGAAUAGACUAUAUCGUUGGAUCAUCUAAAUCACCGCUGCUAAAUUCUCAUGCUCAGUUUAACAGCAGUGGUUCGGCCUAUUACGAUUUGCUCACUGUGAGCAACGAUCGUUCGAUGGUGGUUAGAAAAGCACAUCCUCCCGUCAGUGCCAAUAUUCAAGGCCAAAUUGUCUUCUCGUCUAGUUUAUCAGAGAUGCCACAAAUAGAGCUGAUUCUUGACCCUGCUAGGCAUAAUCUUGGUAUUCCAAGCUUCCAUAAGUGUGUUGACCUUGGAUCAUGGUUGUCCGAUCAUCACACUCUUGAAUUCAUUCCUCCGGAUGAGAAGUUCACGCUAAUGGAGUACAGUAUCAACCUACUUGAAGAGCUGGGGAAAAACAACUUUUAUAAUAGUACAGGAUUGGUCGAAGCAGAUAUGACUACUGGGCUAGGAAUAGCUAAAAACAUGUUUGAAAUAAGGUUGCAAAUUAAGAUUAUGCAUACCGUGGAGUGUGUGGAUAACUUAAAAUUGGACAUAUAUUUACCUCGAGACUAUGGCUAUACUAUAAAGGUGGUCCGAAUCACUCAAGGCAGCGUUGAAUUGAAAGAAAGCGGUCGGUACGAGUGGAUUUUCGACAAGCAGACACCGACUGGUUUAUCGUGUGUGCUCAGAGGAGAAAUUCGCAGUGAUGAGCAAGAAGAGGCUGAUGUGACGGACGAUCCAUUAUUUGAUGCCACCAAGGCGAAGGUUGUCAAGCCAAGGUUUGUUAGGCUUUCGUAUGAAAAUAAGGGAUGUGUUCCUAGUGGUAUAUGA